GGCAUUGCUGAUGGGACACUGUCCCAAAGGGGACAGUGCAGGGACGCACAGAUCCUGGAGCAGGGACACCAGCACCAACCAGCAGGCCAGAGCACCCCUGCCAGGGUGUCAGACCGUUCCUGCCUCAGAGGCAGUGGCACCAGGACAGUUAGACACUGUGAUGGCCCAACACAGCACCCUGCAGUGCACAACUUCCCCUUGCUUCCCAGAGGAAAUAGGCUUUUCAGCAGAGCUCAUGUCCCGCAUGAAGAGCCUAAUUCCAGGAAGCCACAGGCCCUCACCCAGCUUUUCUGUGCUCCCACAGAACUCAGCCGUGCACCCUCUGCACCUCCCCGCCCCACAAGUCCUGUGCAGCUUUGAGACCUGACCUGCAGAGGAAUCCUGGGCCACCAUCAGACAAGAACAUUGCCCACCCUCCUGCCCCCAUCCACUUGCAUCCCACAGUCAGUUCCCAAAACUGGGACUCUCGUCUUACGGCCAGCAGGACUUGGUGGGCUGCAAGCGUCAAACAGCAGCAGAGCCAAACUAGCAGUGUACCAAGAGCUGCUCCUCCUCCUCUUUCUCCUCCUUCUUGUGCAGUCUCACCAGGUCUCAUCAGGCAAAAGCAACUUCCUGGCAUUGCACACAGCUCUUCACCAGCUGUUAGGAAAGAUCUGCUGGUUUUAAGGGAGGGUGCCUCAGACAGGCUUGAUCAGAAUGCUUCAGGUGGUCUUCAGGAAGGAAAAGAGCACACAGGAAAGCAUCCACUGAUGGAAGAUGAUGCCUCUGGAGGGGAGAGAUGCUGUGUUGAGGCACCUUCGGGCAAAGUUCCAACAGAAGAGGAAAGAACCUCCCAAAGUGGGUGGCUGGCCAGAGACUCACCCUGCAGCCUCUCAAGGACCAGAGCAAGGACAGACCUCUGCCAUGGCCUCCAAGGGUGAUCUUCCUCAGGAGGCCCCCUGGAGCAGGAGGAACUGCAGCAGGGCCUCUCCAUCUCACAGUACAGAUCAGAGCUUGGGACAACAUUCACCUCAUUCUGCCUGCGAGACCCCGGCACAAGUGGUGUGUCGGAAGAAGGGGAUGGCUCCAGGUGCCAACUUCCACUCAAAGUUGGUGCCUGCAAAGCCAGGAGGAGAUGUGUUGAACAAGAAGAUGGAAGCCAGCUCUGAUCCUCCCCACAGGAAGCCAGCCCAGCAGACACGGCCACCUGCCAAAGACAAGGGGGCUCCAGUGGUUCUUGCCAAAGGCGCGGCUGCUGCAGCCCCCCUGCUCGCUGUGGGAAGCCCCCAAAGGAUGGAGCACCCAGCUGUGCCCCGGAGGAAGCCUUUGCCACAUGUCAGAGCACUGGGAGUGAAGCCAGGCAAGCCCCGGCGCCCUCCUGAUGUGGAUUUGGCAAAGUUCAGAGCAGCUGCAUAUCCUGGGACAUCCAUCUGUCCUGCCGCAGAACCACCAAGGAGUGAUCAGCUGGGUCACCUGCAACCAGGCUGUGCUGCAUCUGUGCCUGCAAGGUUCCCACUGCAGGGUGCUCCGAGUGGCACGGGGGAUGAAGAUGAGAUAUACGAUGAUGUUGAGCCUGUUGAGCCAGCCAGGAGAAGCCCAGGCCUUCGGCUGCCAUUUUUGUCCCAGCUGCCAGUGUGUCCCUGCCCCAGAGGAGGUGGAAAUGCUGUCCGAGCCUCUAACAGGGUUACCUUGCUGGCUGCUACACAGAGAGAAUCCCAGGUCUCCCAGAAGAUGAAGACCAUGACACUCAAGGCAUGCAAGAAGGAAGAGAAGAUGGACAGGUGGUUUCAGAAGAAAUUCAAGUUCGAAGGCAGCAUCAAUGUCCUGACUCAGAUGAUGGUCGACCCUGCAGCGACAGAGAAGAGGAGUGGAGCGAAGAACCUGCCACUGAGACCGGGAGAAAUUCUUGAUGUCAUUCAGUUUACAAAUCAGGAGCAAAUCCUCUGCCGGAACAGCCAGAGGAGGUACGGCUACGUGCCCCGGGCCAUGAUGCUGCCUCUGGACACUGACAUCUAUGAUGACAUUGAGAUUUAUGGCUGAGCCAACCACGCUGAGGCCAAAGGCACAAGACAGCACCACAGAGACCUCCCCAAGGGCUGAAACACGAACAGCACCAGACACCAGGCUCCUUUUGUGAAGGAGCUCUGCUUCCUCUGAGACAGACUGCAAAACCACCAUGUUCCUGCCAGAACAGAACAGUAGCAUGGCUGCUCAGCAUGUGGGGCUGCACAGAUCCUGCCCCAUGGGCCAGGGGGCCCCAGAGCCUCAAGUCACACCGUCACUGCAGCUCUCUUUUGUCUGUGUAAAAUAUAACAAUGGCUCAAAAGGG